AUGGAGCCAGUGGGUUUGGCCGUCGGAAUAUCAGGCCUAGCUGGCCUGUUUACUUCCUGUCUGGAAAUCAUCGAAAACAUUGAUUCCUAUCGGGACUUUGGACUUGAUUCUCGGGCUCUGGCUGCCCAGUUCGACGCUGACAGGCUUCGCUUUGAACAAUGGGGUCAAGUUGUCGGUAAAGGGCAAGUUGCCAAUCUGCUGUGGGUGAAUGCACCCGCUGGGUUCGGAAAGACCAUACUAUGCGCCAGAGUUGUCGAACACCUCUCAUCGUCGCUGGAGACACCUGUUGCAUAUUUUUUCCUAUCGUCGAACUCCGAAGGCCGUGACGACCCAUAUUCAGCAAUAAGGUCGUGGAUAGCCCAGGUGAUCUCUCGCGACCAGACUGCGUUCGACUUGGCCCGUAAGAUGUGGCUGGCUCAAGACGAACAAAUUGCGACGAGAACGAACAUCAUUACGCUCUUCCGAGACAUUUUGCAUGCCGUGCCGAGUUGCACCUUCGUUCUGGAUGGGUUAGAUGAAUGCACGUGGAUCGGGGAGGACCGAACGGGUCAGAACACUGUCGCCAAGUUUAUUGAGGCAAUUUCGCGGGCGAUUGCGGAUACUACCAGUCGAAUUAUGAUCGUCAGCCGUGACGAGCCUGAAAUCCGACGGGCUUUGAGUGAUAUCAAAGGGUUUGUCGAGCUCAAGAUUUCCCCUCAAGAUGUUCGACACGAUGUACUCUUGUUCUCUAGAAGUAUCGUCGACCGAAAACUGUCUAAGAAGGAUGAAAUCACGAAGAGUGACAUCUCUCUGAAGAUGGCAGACCGCUGCAAUGGUCAGUUCAUAUGGGUAAAGAUGCAAGAGAGCUCCCUACGCAAUUGGAAAAACAAGAAGCAGCUCGAAGAUGCCAUUGAUAAGACACCAGCUCUUCUUGAACACCUCUACGAACGGAACUGGACGAGGAUGUCUCGACUUCCUGUCGAAGAAAGGAACCGCGCUUAUUCUCUGUUACGAUGGGCUGCUUUCGCUCUGCGUCCCCUUACUGUCUGCGAGAUCGCAGAAGCGGUACUCAUCGAGAACGAACGUGAUCAACUACACCUCGACGAGAUUCCUGACUUUGUAGAUGAAGAAUACAUUGACAGCGAGAUUCUUGGUCCGUGUGGAUCUCUUCUAGAGAUCAGAAACUCCACAUCACAAACCUGCGCUGCCUUGAAGACGGUCCAUCUGGCCCAUUUCUCGAUUAGACAAUAUUUUCUCUGCCACACUUCAGCUCAAGGGGAACUCCUGAUCGCCAAUCACAACUUACAAUACUCCAAUGAAUCAUUGGAAAACGCCAGACUCGCUAUUUUUUGCCUACGCUAUGUUGAUUAUCAGGACGGGUGGGAAGGUGAUCUUCCCCUUGAGGAAGGCAAC